AUGACGUCGCCGAUUUCGUUUUUUGCCGAAGAGCCCCUCCGCCCUGCAAGCGACGCGGCCGCGGACGCUGUGAAGCCCGCGCCUCCAGCGUGCGAAGGCGAAGCUCCGGCGCCCGCUAACGAAUCUGCUUCUUCUUCUCUGUCUCGGCCGUCUUCGGCUUCCUCCGCGGCGCGUGGGAAGGUUCUCCACGACGGAAACGUGAAGCUGGUGGGCAGCGAGGGCGUUCCUAUUGUCGUUGAGACCGAAGUCGCGGAGCAAUGCGCCAUGUUUCGCCGAAUGCUUGCGGCGGACGAGGAGGGAAACGCCUUGUAUAAAGAAGGCCGCGUGCGAGAGCUCAAAUUUCCGUCGAUUCGGACGCGGAUCCUGCAGAAAGUCGUAGACUACCUCACCUACCGCAGACAGUGGAACCUCGACGGAGGCCACAACGGCGAGUUUCAGGUCGAAAGCGACAUCGCCCUCGAGCUCAUGCUCGCCGCAAAUUAUCUGGGUCUGACCGACGACGAGGAACUGUAG